AUGGGCCGAGGUGUCGCGCAGGCUGGGGCUGCCCCGAGGGGUUACCCCCAGUAUCCCCAGUACCCCCAGCACCUCUCCAGUACCUCCCAGUACCCCCCAGUAAGCCCCAGUAACCUCCAGCACCUCCCCAGUAAUCCCCAGUACCUCCCCAGUGACCCCCAGGACCUCCCCAGUAACCCCCCAGCAUCUCCCCAGUACCCCCCAGUACCCCCCAGUAACCCCCAAGAACUCCCCAGUAACCCCUGGGCCCUCCCCAGUUACCCCCAGUAUCCCCAGUACCCCCAGCACCUCUCCAGUACCUCCCAGUACCCCCCAGCCCCGCCCCCGCCAUGGCGGCCCCUCAGCCCCGCGGUUCCCCCUGGGCCGGGCCGGGGUCGGGAGCGACCCCCGGAGCCGCCGGAGCCGCCCGGGCCGGCCUGCUGGGCCGCCGUGCUGGGCUGCCUGAGCCUGGCCUGCUCCUACGUGGGGAGCCUGUACGUGUGGGGCAGCCCCCUGCCCAGGGACCACCCCUCGGUGAUCAAGCGCCGCUUCACCAGCGUGCUGGUGGUGUCAGGGCUGGCCCCGGCCCUGGUGUGGCUCUGGAAGGAGCUCACAGGGGUCAAGGCUGACACCCCCCUGCCCGCCCUGCUGGGGCUGCGCCUCGAGGGGCUGAUCCCGGCCACGCUGCUGCCUCUGCUGCUCACCAUGAUCCUGUUCCUGGGCCCCCUGAUCCAGCUGUCCAUGGACUGUCCCUGGCGCUGGCUCGAUGGCAUCAGGGUGGCCCUGGACCCCCGGGUGUGGCUGCUGUGCCUGGGGGACGUGCGCUGGCUCAGGAACCAGGUGGUGGCCCCGCUGACAGAGGAGUUGGUGUUCAGGGCCUGCAUGCUGCCCAUGCUGGUGCCCUGCACAGGGCCCGGCCCUGCUGUGCUGGCCUGCCCCCUGUUCUUUGGGGUUGCUCAUUUCCACCACGUGAUCGAGCAGCUUCGCUUCCGCCACGGCUCCGUGGGCAGCAUCUUCAUGGCAGCAGCAUUCCAGUUCUCCUACACAGCCGUGUUCGGGGCCUACACGGCCUUCCUGUUCCUCAGGACCGGUCACUUGGCGGGGCCGGUCCUGUGCCACUCCUUCUGUAACUCCAUGGGGUUCCCGGCGCUGGGCGCGGCCCUGGGGCACCCGCGGCGCCGGGCGCUGCUCCCCGCGUACCUGCUGGGGGUGCUGGGCUUCCUGCUGCUGCUGCACCCCCUGACCGAGCCCGCCUUCUUCGGGGCGCGCCCCCCCUGCCGCGACCCCCCCUCCUGCUCCUGACACGGGCGGGGGGCGCCCGCCCCUCCCCAACGCCCCCUCCCCUUUUUAUAGGAGCCGCCGCACAGAGUCUAUUUUUGUGAUUAAAGUGGUUUAAGGCUU